AUGCGCCACCAGGCCUUCCGGUCCAUAAGAGCUAGGAUUGUCCCACGGAGCAGUUACAGCGUGCUGCAUUUGCGUGAAUACAGCGGCAAUGAAUACGAUGUCAUUGAUAAGGCACUGGGGGAGCCCUCGUGGUCGGCCCAAGACCUGCUAUCCUCUGGAGUUUCAACCACGGCGGAUGAGAUAACUCCCACUCAACUCCGGAAACUGCUUCGCCUUUCCGCCCUGCCUCCACCAAAAGACCAAGACGAAGAGUCCAGGCUUCUUGGCACUUUAGCUUCACAGCUGCACUUUGUCCAAGCAAUCCGGAACGUGGACACUAUCGGCGUACGUCCGCUACGGUCACUGCGCGACGAAUCCGAUGAAGCAGGGGCAGCUGCCGAGAUCACAAAAGACUCAUUGCAAGAGAACUUCGAUAGCGAAGAGAGGAUUGGCAAACACUAUGUCCGGAUCCGACGACGACCCUCAACCUUAGCCGAAACGAAAGAAGCAGAGGAUUGGGACCCCCUGCAGUGCGCGACACGCAAGUCGAACCGAUUCUUCGUUGUCAAUGGAGCUAAAUAG